ACGUGACUGGCAAUGACUAAGCUAUAAGCAGACCGCACCCAGGACGCUGAUUGGUUCAACGGUUGAAGGUUGUUCCGUCACAUGGAUUGAGUCAUUCGCUUUCGUGACGUUUCUCAUCGCUUGCCUCUUCUCGAGAACAUUUCAAACUUGGCUGGAAUCCAACAUCACAUUCCAACCUCCUCCAACACACAUUACCAUGGCCGACACAACUACAGAACGGCCGAAGCGGAAAUCGGUCGCAUUCAGCGAAGGUGCCACCAUUGUCGAUACGGACGGCCAAGUCACCGAAAUGAACGGACAUACCGAGAAGACCACCGCCGAGAGCCACUCCCACCCCAGCCCGAGCUCCAACCCGACAGUUCCAAACGGUGCUGCCGGUGAUGGGGAAGUGGACGAGGUUACUGCGAUGAUGGCAGGACUGGCCAAGAAGAAGAAGAAGAAGUCCAGCAAAUCCAAGGAAGGCGUUGAAGCGGACGGCGAGAAGGCCGAGAAUAACGGCGAAUUUGACCCCAGCGCGCUCAAGAAGAAAAAGAAGAAGAAGAAGGCGGUCGACGCUGAUGACUUUGAGGCAAAGCUAGCUGAAGCCGAUGCCGGUGACAAAGGUGGCGAGGAGAAGGUCAGCGCAAAACCCCCAGCGGAGGAGCAGACCGGCGAUUUCGAACAGGGCACCGGUAUCUGGGCUCACGAUGCGAAGACUCCAGUUGUCUACAGCCUCCUAUUAUCGAGAUUCUUCACUCAGCUGCAGUCACACCAUCCCGAUCUCUUCUCCAGCGGUCACAAGAGCUACAAGAUUCCUCCCCCGCAAUGUCUGCGUGAAGGCAACAAGAAGACUAUCUUUGCCAACAUUUCCGAGAUUUGUAAACGAAUGAAGAGAACGGAUGAACACGUCAUUCAAUUCUUGUUCGCUGAAUUGGGUACCAAUGGCAGUGUUGAUGGAAGCCGUCGACUGGUCAUCAAGGGGCGAUUCCAACAAAAACAGAUCGAGAACGUCCUUCGAAGAUAUAUCGUGGAAUACGUGACAUGCAAGACCUGCAGAUCUCCAGACACGGAGUUGGUCAAGGGGGAGAAUCGGUUGAGUUUCAUCACUUGCAACUCAUGUGGCAGCAGGCGCAGUGUGACUGCGAUCAAGACAGGUUUCUCUGCCCAAGUUGGGAAACGCCGACGCCAGCGAGCAUAAGUGUGCGCAUCAAUACUUGCCAUUCACACUCGCCUUCGUACAAAUUGAUGGUCACUGGGAGUUUUCAUUCUCUGGGUUGCAUAGGAGGUUUACACGGGCCACACA